AUGAUAAAGUGGGUGGCCCUCGUUGCGUUCAUUGGCGCCAAUUUACUGCAGGAGCCAAGUCCAGUGAUCAGAGUGAACGAAGGUCUGUUGAGAGGAAGAAUCAGCGACAAUGGAAAAUUCUACCAAUAUUUCGGUAUACCGUAUGGAAGCGUAGAUGAAACAAAUAGAUUUCGAGCACCGCUUCCACCGCUGAAAUGGAAAGGCAUCUUCGAAGCGAUCAACGAGAACGUGCGAUGUCCCCAAAAGAUAUUAGGUUCCGUGGUCGCCGGUGACCAGGAUUGUCUCAAGUUAAACAUCUAUACGCCUCUGACGACGCACCCUCGGAAACGGCGACCCGUCAUGGUCUAUAUCCACGGAGGAUGCUUCUUCGAAGGAACGGGGACCGCUUUCCUCUACGGCCCGGACUUCUUCGUCGAGAACGAUGUCAUAUUCGUCGGAAUCAACUAUAGGCUGAAUGUCGAAGGUUUCCUCUGCUUGGGCAUCAGAGAGGCCCCCGGCAACGCCGGCUUGAAAGACCAGAUAGCGGCGUUGAGGUGGAUCAAGGAUAAUAUAUCGGCUUUCGGUGGCGAUCCUGAUAAUAUCACGCUGUUCGGUGAGAGCGCCGGUUCGGUCUCGGUAUCGUACCAUAUAAUCUCGCCCGCUUCCAGAGGGCUCUUUCACAGGGCGAUCUUACAGAGCGGUUCCACUUUAGCCCCUUGGGGCCUCCAGCACGACCCCAUCGUAACGGCGAGCAAUCUGGCCAAGGAAUUCGGAUACAACGGCACGGACCCUUAUCAAAUCUAUAACACUUUGGCCGAGAAAAGUGUCGAAGAGUUAAUCAACGGUAUAAAAUACGGUAAGAAUAAGAACUAUAUAACAGCAGAAACGCUCUUUUCGCCGUGCGUCGAGAGUAUCAUACCCGGAGUGGAGCCGGUGAUAACCGAGUAUCCGGCCGACGUCAUCGGCUCGGGCAACUACACGAAAGUGCCUAUGAUCAUAGGCUACAACGACCGAGAGGGAAUCUAUUUCGUAUCGAAAGACUACGGAAACAGUCUAAAAGUGAAGCCGAUAGAGAUACUGCAGAAGGAUCUAGAAUUUCCGUCCGAAUCGAGUAAAAAUGCGACCGUGCAGGAGAUUAACGAGUACUACUUUCGAUCGGGGAGAGAGGAUUUAAUAAUGGACGUGGUUAAUUUAUACUCAGAUCUGCAUUUCAAAUAUCCGGCGGUCAUCGAGUCGGAGCUGUACGCGAAGACGAACGAGCAGCCGAUGUACUACUACUUGUUCAAGUACAGCGGAUACAUCAACAUGCCGAAGAUCAUCUCGCAAUUCGCGUUCACGAAGGGUGCGUCGCACGCCGACGAACUAUUUUACCUUUUCAAGCCCCACACCUUCCCCCUGCCCACUCGCUACUUGGAGACCAAAAUGAUUCAGCGCAUGGUCACGCUCUGGACUAAUUUCGCCAAGCAUGGUGACCCGACGCCGCGUACCUCAUCUCUCUUGCCAGUAAAAUGGCGCCCCAGUCGAUCGUGGAACCCCACUGCGCUGGUGAUCGACCGACAUCUAACCACUGCGCCCAUGUGGGACGAGCGAUCUGUCAGACUUUGGAACAAGACCUACACCAAGUACAGGAGAAGAAACUACGGUUUUCAUUAG